AUGGUACAUAGAACAUAUUUGAUCUAUCUAUGUGAUUCUAUUCAAUUAUUGUCUUCUUUGUUGAAAACUUUACAGAUAACACAUGCUACUUUAUCUUCAAAUGCAAUUCCACAUUCAACUGCAGCAUCUCAAAGUAGCUUGCCAAUAUCUUCUACUUUCUUUUUAUCUCUCCUUAAAAUUUUAAACUCCAUGACAAUUGACGUUUCAAAUUUUAUAUUUGGAGCAAUUUUCAAUCAAAGUGUUCCAAUCUCUCCUCUCUAUUUGAAACUGUUUUGUACUUAUAAAAAUGAAUUUGCAUAG